AGAUGCGCCCAAUGUUCAAAGUAUUAGCUAGCUUUAAUGUUUAGCUUCUCUCUCCUCUCUUUUUAGAGGUGGGCGACAGAUCAGAAGCUCAAAGAUUUUAACAUUAAUUGAAAGUUCCAAGAUUCUUGAGUCUUCCUACUGAUCAUCCCAAAGCUUUGUUGUCUUCUACCAUAUUCCAAUUACUACCUUUCCUUUCGCUUAACCUUUCAACGGAAAUGUAGUAAGGCGCCUGUUGGCGUGUAGACUUCCUUCUCCUUUCAUUUAUGCCAAAGUAGAGUUUAUUUUUGACAAUCGGAUAAAACACUUAUCCCAUUUUCAAAUAGUCAUACCUUUCUUGCCGCCUAGUACUACUUUGAGCAAAUGGUCUUUUAAAUGAGAAGUUACGAGCUGAUGAUGGAGACAGGCAUACCCAACGAUUAAUUGAAGGCAGGCUCAAUCUAUAUAGUUCAGACUUCAGUGAUCUGCUUAUAUAUAUAUAAAUAUGUGUGUGUGUGUGUGUACACAUAUAUAGCUGUAUAUAGCAUUCUGGAACUGAAAUAUUGUUAACCACAAAAAUGGACGGAAAAUCAGUCGUUAUAUGCAAUAGGUGCAACAAACGGUACUCGGUGGCUAAGUACGCGGCAAUUAUUCGCUGUACAGAAUGCAAAGCCAUUAUACCCGGGCCGGCAAGUAUGGAGCUGGGAAAUCAAAUCCGACAUGCAUUAUCAAAGACGAAGAGUAAUCUUCAUCAGUACUCAUUUGGAAAUGGCGGUAAAUUGUUGAAGAGUACUAGGCCCUCAAGCAGUAGUACUAAUGUUUCUUCGCUGGAUACUAAGCCGCCAUACCCUACAGGUAAUUCCGGUGAGGCACACGGAAUGAAGCGCGCACUUCUUUGUGGGGUUACUUACCAGAACAAGAAAUACAGCCUCAAAGGAACUGUUAAUGAUGUGAGGAGAAUGAAAAAUUUGUUGAUGCAACGCUUUGGUUAUCGUCGGGACUGUAUUCGUAUCCUCACAGAAGAUCAAGUUGAUAGUGAUUUUAUGCCGACGAAGAAGAAUAUACAAGACUCAUUGAAAUGGCUUGUGGAAGGUUCGGAAUCUGGAGACUCAUUGGUGUUCUACUUCUCUGGACAUGGCUUACGUCAACCUGAUUUCAAUGAUGAUGAGAAAGAUGGGUUCGAUGAAACUAUCUGUCCGGUUGAUUUUAUGCAGGAAGGGAUGAUCCUUGACAACGAGAUCAAUUCCACCAUUGUUCGUCCUCUCAAGAAGGGUAUCACUCUUCAUGCAAUUGUCGAUGCUUGUCAUAGUGGAACCGUUCUUGACCUCGAGUAUAUAUACGACCCACACAAUGACAUUUGGAAUGACAACAAACCUCCAUCGAAAGCAGACAAAAGUACAAGCGGUGGAUUGGCGAUUUGCCUGAGCGCUUGUGGAGAUGAUCAGAUGGCUUCCGAUACCUCUGCUUUCACCGGAAAGGAAAUGACUGGUGCAAUGACUUUUAUCUUGAUCCAUAUUGUUGAGAAUGUACCUGAAAUAACAUACGGAGGCCUGCUGAACCAAAUGCAUGCGUGUAUCGAACAAGUAAAUAAUAAAAGAUGUCUCAGUGUGCCGUGCUUACGGAAACUUUUCGGCCGCAGAAAAAUAGAGAAUCCUAUGCUGUCAUCGUCUCAAGAGUUCCCGGUUUACUCGAAGAAAUUUUUGCUGUGAAUCAUAUAUACGUGCUGAUGGGCGAAGAUCAGCUAGCUAGCUGGAUGCAUAUAUGCAGCCUUCAUUGCCUGAUCGAGCAUAAACUACUACUUUUAGCUUUUCUUCUAAUUCCCAGAUCAUGUCAGAUGAUCUCUGCUGAAUUUUCUCGAUGCACAUGAGUUGGAUCAAUAAGUAGGUUCUUCUACAACCAGAAUGAGGAAAGAAUAAUCAAAAUAAGCCGUAACAGAUUGGAGGGCGGGUCGGUCUAUCCAUCAAAGAAUACAUCAUGUUGUAAUUGAUAUGGUUAAUUAUUUAUGCAAUAAAUCCCUGCUUUUGAUUUU